CAGAAACUAACAGACGUUACAUGGAUCAUAUCUGACAUCAUGCACCACCGGUGGCUGCUGUUAGCUGCAUGCUUUUGGGUAAUAUUCAUGUUCAUGGUUGCUAGCAAGUUCAUCACAUUGACCUUCAAAGAUCCUGAUGUUCAUGGUGCCAAGCCAGUAAUACCAACAACUAUAACUGAAGUAGGAAAAGAUCACGUAACAAAAGAGAAGAGACUUCCGGGACAAUUCCAGACAAUAGGAAAAGGUCUAUCUGAAGACCUUGUACAUGAAGGCCUGGUCCAUAUAGAGAGGCUUGAACUACUCAGGAAUGUCUGCCAAGAUGCAUCUCUGAAAAACCUCACCCAUACUCCUGUUUCCAAGUUUGUUUUGGACCGAAUUUUUGUAUGUGACAAGCACAAGAUCCUCUUCUGUCAAACUCCAAAAGUUGGCAAUACUCAGUGGAAGAAAGUCUUGAUUGUUUUAAAUGGAGCUUUUCCUUCCAUCGAUGAGAUCCCUGAAAACAUUGUGCAUGACCAUGAGAAGAAUGGUCUUCCACGCUUAUCUUCUUUCAGUGAUUCUGAAAUUGAAAAAAGAUUGAAACUGUAUUUCAAAUUUUUCAUCGUAAGAGAUCCUUUUGAAAGGCUUAUUUCUGCAUUUAAGGAUAAAUUUGUCCACAAUCCUAGAUUUGAACCUUGGUAUAGACAUGAAAUUGCUCCUGGAAUUAUUCGAAAAUAUAGAAAAAAUCGCACAGAGACUAAAGGACUGCAGUUUGAGGACUUCGUGCGCUACCUAGGUGAUCCAAAUCAUCGAUGGUUAGAUAUACAAUUUGGAGAUCAUAUAAUUCAUUGGAUAACCUAUGUUGAAUUAUGUGCCCCCUGUGAAAUAACAUACAGCGUAAUUGGACAUCAUGAAACUUUGGAGGAAGAUGCACCAUACAUCUUAAAGGAAGCAGGAAUUGAUCAUCUGGUAUCUUAUCCUACAAUUCCUCCAGGUAUAACGAUAUAUAACAAAACAAAAGUGGAACACUAUUUUUCAGGCGUAAGCAAGAGAGACAUAAAGCGCCUUUAUGCCCGCUUUGAAGGAGAUUUUAACCUUUUUGGCUAUCAAGAACCAGAUUUUCUACUAAACUAGUAUCUAGAAAUUCUGGGCAAAUGAAUCUAAAUCUUAACUGUAAACAUAUACUGGGUAACUGAGGCUCAUAUUAUUGCAAUGUUUCUAGAUGUUCUUUGCAUUUGUUGAAUAUUUGCAAUAGGAGCCACAAAGGAUUGCCAAUUAGUCACUAAAAAAAGUAUUACUACAUGACACUGUGAUAAAGCAGUGCAAAAAUUACUAAGAUAGUAAAUGUCAGACAUUCCUUUUUUCCUUAGCCAAUAGAGAAUCAAUGGACCAGUAACCUGUAAAGAAACUUGAUAUGAAUACAAAACAUUUAGAAAGAGCAGGAAAUAACACUUAUGUCAAUGGUCUUACAAAUCUAUGGAGGCCAAACAGAUUGGUAAGUAUUGUGUAACUUAAGGAAAAGACUCCAGACCAUGGAAUCAAUCUGAAAGCCUUAUGAUGGUUGCUUACUGUUAUUCAUUCAAGAAAUAAUAGUUGCACAAAUUUUAAUUUGUAAACUCUUGAGUUAUUAUGAGGUGAAAAAUCUUUAACCAGAUAAGCUAUGGAUCCCAUUGAAGAAAUUUUAGAGAACACUAAAAAUGAUUUUUCAUUUGCUUUGUAACCUUAAAUAAAUACCAGUACAGUAUUGACUGCA